UGGUGGAAGGAGGGGUCGAGACAAGUCGCCUCCCUGAGUAAUUGGUGAGCUGAGUAGUAAGAAUCUCGUCACUUUUCUGCAUUUCCUCCUUUAUUUCACCAUCAUCGCCCCCUGCGCACCGCCAGCAGGGACCUUAAGGGCACAGGAACGCCCCAGCAGAAAGAAAAACAGGAUAGUGAAGACGUGAAGGCGAGAAUUGAGAGUUGAAGAGUGGUAGGGAGAGGAGAGAGGAGAGGGAGAGAGCGGCCACAGCUGUCUCCUCGAUUUCGGAAACCCGCACCAUUUGUAUUGAGUGUGUGCUGGCUGGGCGCUGCAUCUGGCGAAAACUCAAGGUUGAGGUCAAAACUUGAGUUCUGUUUUCCUUUGAAGGGUAAUGGACAAGAGCAUGCCAGCCACAGAGUAAGUUGGUGAGCGGCUUUCCUCGGAAAGUGUGAGCACCCUCGCCCCGCCGUCUGCUCAAUGCCUAUCUACUCAUCCACCAUGGCUGGGGAUGUGUGGGGCCAGUGGUUUGCUUGCUGCAUCACCCAGCAGCCCCCCCAGCGGCGGCGCAGGCGCAUCGAUCGCACCAUGAUAGGCGAGCCCACCAACUUUGUGCACACGGGCCACAUUGGGUCCAGCGAUGUGCAGAUGGGCAACAACCAACUGGCCCAGCUGCAGUCCCAGAUGAAGAGCAAAGGCGGAUAUGAGCAGGCUCUGCCCCACAACCACAUGAUGACUGUUGUGCCAGUGCAGAACACAUAGAGGUGCGAAGUGGCCGUAACUCAAUUGCUCCUCCCCACAAACAGGCUUAUGAUCAGCCUCCUCAUGUUUUGCAAGCUUGGAAGGUGUAGAUCUUGCCAAAGGGGAAAUAUUUAGCCUGUGCUGUGUCUCCAGUCUGUGGUGCUCCUGUUGUUCAGGUGUGAAUGUUCCCUGCGGCCCAGGACUGACUAGGGUCCCCAGGCCUCAGUGUGUCUUGCGUGCUUCACCAAGGUUUCCGCCGAAACUGUCGUGUCUUGUUUCAUCUUGUCUGCAUUUAGUUGUAAUUUCUUGACAGAGUGAAAUUCUUUGCAAUGGUUAUAUCUCAUUUUCCAUAGAUCUGACUAUUUUCAUUUUAAGAUUUAUUUGGAUUAGAUUUUGUUAUGCUCAAGUUUUUAGCUAAUUAGUGUAAAGAAUUUAUAAACCAUUUUGAAUGAAGUGGCAAGAGUGACUGUAUAUACAGUGUGAAAUUGAUGCAUACGCUAGUCUUCUUUACAUGAACAUCAAUGUAGAAACUUCUGAGGUGAUGUGGGUGAUAGCUUUACAAAAUUAUACCUGUCUGCAGGUGAAAGUUGAUAUUAGCAACUAAUACUUUAAGGUUUGUCAUAUUACACAGGCCAGAUGUGUGGUUGUCACUGCAGCUGGUCGCCUUGAAAUAUGGUUGUCAGGUUGGGGAUCCCACCUUGGUCUUUCCAGGAGUGUGAAGUGACGGGCUUCACCUCUUAACAUUCUUCCAUGGGCAAUUAAAUCUUUGGUUGGUCAUGCUUUGGGUGCUUUUAUUUCUGCAAUGAGCUAGAGUGGUAGAGGUGAAGGCCAGGUUCAUGCCUUUCUUGUGUACAAAUACUGCACAAAUGUAGGAAUGCAAGCAAUCUUUUUAAUCUUUUGAUGGUUUGUGGAGUAAAAGAUUUUCCUUUUUAUCUUUAUAUUUGUUGUAAAGUAAGAGAGGAAUAGAGUUCAUCAGCCAGUCAGAAUGGUGUGGGUGGGUGUGAAUUGUAUUACUUUUAAUCGAAACUCAUUUGUUUCUAUUUCCAUUCACAUUUUCAUAAGCUUAAAAUUAUAAAAAAAGAUGUGCAUUAAAUUUACACUUCCAUUGAACAUUCCAGACCCAGACCCUUUGAAACUCAUACACCAGAAUUUCAGUAAUCAUCAUGCAGUCUAUUUAAGGCUUCAUUUUCUCUAAUGUGAGGUCUACAUCAUGCUUGGAAAAACUCGCACCCAAGAUAUCCGCUGUAAGAAUUUUAAGAAAUUCCUUAUUGUCAUUCCAGAAAAAAGUCCUGUGAACCAAAUUAGUGUAUUGUUGGUUUUGGAUCUUUGGUUGGAGGCUUCAGAUCCGAUGGGUGGAGCUUGUGUCUCGCCUGCCUGCUUCAUGUAAAGAGUAACACAGUAAUGGCUUAGUUAUUUAUACAGAAGAGAGUUGUGCACAAAUAAAGUAAAUACACAUGAGGUUAGCAAUAGAUGAAAAUCACUCAGGUAAAUUAACUCACUAAUUAACACAUGGAGGUGCCAUUUUUAUAAAUAUGCAACCAAGUCAUUUUCUUAGAUUAUAUUUAUACACGAGGGAGAAAGUUAUUUUGUACUGAGCAUUCCAAAUUUUUUAUAACAGAUGAGGUCACAAUCCACCUGACUACUGACAAACGGGGUAAUACAGUAAAACGCACUGAGAUGUUUGCCAAAAAAGUGGAACUGUGUCACCUUUUACAGAUUUGACUUCAGUGAACCAUAAGUGUCUCUUGUCCCAUAAGCACAACACUGUAGCUGAGAACCUCAUCACGCCCUGCCCUCCCCCAGCUAGUGAGAAGCAGAGAAGCAGACCUGGAUUAUUUACACUUGUUCAUCAGACUAAAAUGUAUAUAUGUAUAUCUGCCUUACAUUACUAAACAGUGAGGAAAAGUUUUAUGAAAUAAAGCAAGUUUUCCAAAAUUAUUUACAAAAUUUUAACAUAUUCUGAAAAAAUUAGUUUGUGUGGCCAUUGCGUGCAUUCUCGAUUCACUCGCCUUGUUGUGGAGUCUUUCAUAUUGCCUUUUGUAAUGUCUAAAGCAGAGAAAAGAAUGCUUACUACUUUUCUAUAGAAUGUCUUUGAAAGAUGCUGUUCACUCACAGUCAUAAAAUGGCUCUGCAACACUGGAAGACUGUGAAUCUUGGAGUUCCGCCUCCCUGGCCCUCAAGACCUGCUCCUAGCUGGCAGACUCCCAGCCUUACCCUGUGCCUUCCAUGCCCUGCAGUACCUCGCCUCCAGAGGGACCAGUACUGUCACGUCCAUCCAGGUGUUGCCCCUUUUUGUACACCCGCUCGCUCGUUCUCGUUACUCGCCUAACUUAUUAUACGUGUGGACCUUUUAUUUCCUUCACUGAGAGGAUAGAUGGUGUGAAGAGCAGUCUGACCCUGCAGCAUCAUGACAAAAAAUGCUGUGCUAAGUACUGACUCCUAGAUCUGUUAAUCUCCCAACAAGUUCUGCUACUGAAGCACACUACGGCCUUAGGAAAGUGAAGGAAGUUACUGUGUUAGAAAGAGAAGAGAGAGAGAGAGAGAGAGAAUCUUGUUACUAUCAGACAGUGUUGUUAACCAUUAUCACGUUGGAAUUAUUUUAACAGAAUACUGUCGUAUAUACCAUUAGGCGUAUGUGUUUUUAGAGAAGUAUAUAUAUAGAGAUAUAUAUAUGAAAACACCUAUGUUGUGUUAAGUGUUAAGUCUAUUUGAUGUUGUACUUGUGUGUAUAACUCACUGACUUUAAACCAUCAUUUAUUAUGACACUGGCUCAGUGAAGUCAGCUUAAUUGUCUUGAUUCUCAGCCAAAAGACCAUCCUUUCAGAUUAAGUCCAUUUUUGUACUGUCACUUUUUUACUGUUUUACACCCAUCAUUUCCCCUUUUAUAACAUAUUUCUCUUAAGAAUCAGUACUUGACAAAGUCUAAAUAACAGAAUGGCACGUUUGCUUCAGAGUGCUGACAUACUCGUAUAUGCACUCUGUAGCAAAGUUUCUCCUCUGUUAUCCUCAAUACUGUAUUUUCUUGGGUUACACGACUUCAGAAUCUUAUUUACAUGAAGAUAUUACAUAUUUAUUUGCUUUAGUUGAUUUUAUUUUGAGUGUCUCAUUAAGGAUUCCAUCAGUGUAUAAUAAGAUAAUACACCAAUACAAAUAUGCAUUCAGAAAAUUCAAGUGACGAACAGAAGGAAGCAAGAUUCGAGUGGCUGGUGUAGCGAGUGGUGAGUCUCCUUCAUCGUGUGUGGAGGAGGAACACUCAUCUGCUCCCAACACAUGGCUGCAUGAAAAGAUCUGUUCUCACUCAAUUUUUUUUUUGUAUAUUGGUAACGCUGCCCUUUUUGCCUCUUAUUAAUGUGAAACAGAUGAAAUACAGUAGUGUACCAAAUAAAUUAUUGAAUUUUA